AUGGACUCCUCCAAAGACCUCCCGUUUCCUCCUGCAGGCGAUGUCCCUCUACAUCGCAACGCGCCACUCGCCCCUACGCAAGAGCUAGCCUACCGCAAAAAGUGCAUCGACCUCCGAAAGCGGCUCGCCGAGAUCGAAGCAAACAAUGACGCGACACGCAAGCGAAUCCUCCAGGAGAAUGAACAUGUCCAGAAGAUGCGCCUCCUUCGCGCCAUCCUCCUCAACCAGCUCAAAGAAAUUAUGAGCACUCCGGCACAGCACCUGACCGCCGAACAGCUUGUCAAGGUCAACGCGCUGGCGGCUGGAAUGGGCAAUACUUUGGCAGAACAAGUCGGCCCUGCCAUCUCCCAGGAACUACAACAACCUCAGCCCGAUGGGGAAGGACUGUUGGACGACAGCUCGGAAGAGACUGUGGAAGAUGAACCCGAGCCCGCAGAGCGACCGGAAAGACGCAGAAGGGUCAACAACACUUACCGCGAGACCAUCAUGAACACAAACACCCCUGGAGACUCGGUCUCAACUCUGUAUCAACAAUCCGCCCUGCCAAGUCUUGCCCCCGCAAGUUCCUUUUCUCCAGCUCCUCCCCCCAACGACCCGGCCGCGAUGACUUCCUCCUUCCGCCUCUCAUCUUCUACUCCCCAAGCAGUUGGAACCCCAGGGACUCAGCCUCAGUUGGUGCCUGACCCACUUUACGGACAAUCCUCGCCCAUGGCAGUGAGCCAACACUUGGGCAUGCCCUACCAUGGAUCGACCCAACCCCGGCCACCAAGUUUGUCUGCCAACAACGUGGACGCCAAUGGCAUUGGGCGUUCUACAGCGGCGCCGACGCGCCCCGAGCGACCAGAAAUCCCUUUUCAUCAGUUUACCGCCCACAUGAGGCCGCAACUCGAGGCCGAUAAUUACCCCCAAGAGCAAAUCCCGGCACGAAUCAAGGCGGAAUGGGAAAACUUGAGCACUGAAAAUAGGAAGCUGUGGGAUGACAGAUACGAGGACGAGAUGAGAGAGUAUCAGGCUGCAAUGGAUGCCUACAAGAGAGCGUCGCGACGUGAAGCCUCAGCUGGCGGGUUUUCUGCCAUCAACUCUUAG